AUGCAGACCAGUUCCACCUCCGGGACGCCUUUUUCAGUCAAGGAUAUUUUGAAGCUGGAGGAGCACCACCACCACGAUGACUUGGAGAAUGGAUUUCCUUUACUGCCCGACCAAGUUGUUCCGAUGAACUAUCAGCACGUGCACGCGUGUGCGUCCCGGACCGUCCGGCCGGAGCCGCGCGUGCCCGGCCCGCAGGAGAGGCUCGAGGUGCACAGCAGGGCGGCGCGAGAGGAGACACUGGAGCAGGAAAUAAGCAGUCCGGAGAGUUCCCCUGACUGUGACAGAAGCCCCCCCAGCGGCGGAGCCCCCAGCCGGGCGCGCAGGAAGCCCCGGGUCCUCUUCUCCCAGUCCCAGGUGUCCGAGCUGGAGCGGCGCUUUCGGCAGCAGCGCUACCUGUCCGCCCCGGAGAGAGAGCACCUGGCCCGCGUCCUCACGCUCACCUCCACGCAGGUCAAGAUCUGGUUCCAGAACAGGCGGUACAAAUGCAAGCGGCAGCGGCAGGACAAGUCUCUGGAGCUGGCGGGGUUUCCCGGACCCAGGAGGGUGGCGGUGCCGGUGCCGGUGCCGGUGGUGGUGCGGGACAGCAGGCUCUGCGGGGCGGGUUCGCCUGCAGCGCCGCCGCCCUACAACGUGACUCUGGGACAUUAUAAUUCUGUAUUGUACGGAAACAGCGGCUUGUACGGCUGCGGUUAUCACUCAGCCGCACAGCUGGCUGAUGUAACAUGUGGAAACAGCGAGGAGGCCUUUAACCACGCGCACUUCCACGUGUCUCUACAGGGUGUCCGAGGCUGGUGA